AUGGGUGAUGAAAAUAAAUUUAAGCUAAUAAUUUCCACAUCCCAUUUCCAAUCGAGCGUCAUCGAUUUGUUACCAUGCAACCAUGCAAGGAAAUCGAAACUUAUCAAUUCGUUGUUAGAGGCUUAUCAAUUGAUUAGUAAGUUUGAUGUUGUCGUCGAUGAGACCAGGCUGUUCGAAGGACAGGGACUUGAUUUAGUGGAAGCCCGGGCAUUAUGUAAUUACCAUUCCCAAGAUUACCUAAGAGUGAUAUUUGGUAAGCAAUACAAUGAGCGCUUAUCUCCGGAUGACAACGAUCGGGAGGGUGUGAGAUCGGGAAAAGCAGAGCAAUCGCCGGAUGAACUGCACGACUUGUAUGAAUUAUAUCAAUCGUUACACGAGAGUUAUGUAGGCAAGAAACGGAAGAUCCCCCGGGAUAGACCCGGGCAUGUCCCGGGGACAGACCCGGAGAUCUUGAAAUUGGAGUAUAACUUGAACAAUGGAGAUUGCCCGAUCUUCUCGUUCUUGCCGAUGUACCUGGACACACUCAUCAACUCCACAAUGCAACUUGCAAAGCAUCUGUGCGUGGACACACCGGAGAUCACAGCAAACAUUGCCAUCAACUGGGAUGGUGGACGUCAUCACGCCAUGAAAUCCCGGGCCAAUGGGUUUUGUUACAUCAACGAUAUUGUAUCACUAAUAAACGAACUCCGAAAAACGCCGGGACAACAAGGACACAAAAGGAAACUGACAUACAUCGACUUAGAUUUACACCACGGCGAUGGAGUGGAGAAUGCGUUUAAUUACUCAAAAGAUAUUCAAAUCAUUUCCAUUCAUUUGUUUGAACCCGGGUUUUACCCCUGCACUGGCGGAUUAAAAUUCGGGAAACCUAAAUCAAACAAUAUUAUUAAUUUACCCGUAAAACAUGGAUUAAGCAAUAGCAACAUGUUUGAAUUGGUGACUAAUAUAAUAAUUCCGUUAAUUGAACUGCAUCAGAGUGACGACAUUGUGAUUUUGUGCGGCGGUGAUGGAUUAAAUAACGACUACUACAACGAAUGGCAAUUAACAAUCAUAGGGCUGACAAGAUGUAUUAUAAAGAUAAUCGCUGCUUUCGUCGGACCACAUCAGCCCGGGUCUUGCAAAAACGUCGUGUUGCUGGGCGGUGGCGGAUACAAUGAGUUGCUUGCUAGUCGUUUCUACACGUAUUUAACUUAUAAGGUCCUACAAUUAGCAGGUCGCAUCCCGCCGGCGGCUACCACGUUAGCCGCCGAAGUCCCUCAUGGAACAAUAGACGAUAAAGACAAGGAGCUCCUGAUCAAAGAUCAUGAACACAUCGACGAAUACGAAAAAGAGUACUAUAAAUACUGGUGCUAUGAGAUAGAGAACGGACUCGAUGGACUGUCGUUCAAAAGACAAAUCAAUUACAAUGACACUAAACAGAAGCCAUUCACCAAGUAUAUAGCAGAGCUGAGAGCCCAUUAUGGUAUUUCACGUAUCUUAUCAACAUAG